ACCACCUCAACACACUCACCACCUCAGACACCGGCAGCAGUGUCCAGUCCCAUUAGAACACUACCUCUUCUCCAUUCUACCUCUCCCUCUCUGUCAGUGAUGGAGUCAGCCAUUGGUGUACUCGUGUCCCAGUUCAAGGCGUUUGCUGGAAGUGAUGGAUCCUCAGACACACUGAGCAGAGAUGAGUUCCAGAGCCUGGUCAAAACACAACUCCCCAACAUCGUUAAGAACGCUGAUGACCCAGCUGUCAUCGACCGACUUAUGGACUCAAUUGAUGAGAACAACGACGGAGAGCUCACCUUCCUGGAGUUCUGGCAGCUGAUUGGACGACUAGCAAAUCAACACGGCGGCUUUAUCCAAUAGGAUGUCUCCAUGUCUUGUUCUGUUACUACCAUAUGAUUACAAUGAUAAGUUAUUCUAGUGGUAUGGUUAUCCCCAGGUUGUGUUUCUAAAUUGUCAAGUGUUUGCUAAAGCUAUGGAGGAUUGGUCCAGCAAAAUAAAACAUGGAUGAAUCA